AUGCGUGAGACGAGGGCAGACAGCAAGACUCUGCUCAAAUCCCUCUGUCUCCGUGUUCACUUGACGAGUCGACACGGCGUCUACAAGAAGCGAGAUUCUCUCCCGGCCGCUAAGGCCUCAUCAGUCACUAAGGCGGCUGAAAUCGCCCUCGCCGUCUCCACAAUCUCGCUUUCUCGUUGGACCUGUUUCACUGCCGUCCCAAUCGGCAUGCUGAUCCGACUUGCUGGUUAUCUGGCCGCCAUAGUGACCGGUUUUCUUAUCUUGACAACAGCCGGCCAACAGUUGGGCCUCCGCGACGGAGUCAAGCUGGUUGCCAUGCGAAAGGCGGUUACCGGGCCAAGUGGCAGGCCUCGCGACCACUUUGUCUUGGCGGCCCCGGAUAAAUGCCCAAUGACGACAGAGCCCACCGUUCUCCACGAGUUGAGGGCCAGUCUCGACGAGGCACCGAUCAUCCUCAGCGCCAGGCUGCUCAGAGCGGAGGAUCCCAACAAAGAGUGGAAGGCAAAAAAAGCUUUGGACCUGCGUGCCCCAGACAGAGGGGGGGACGAGUUUGAAAGAGACAACUCGGACAAUGAGGACCUCCAAAAUGAUGGAUCCAAUACUGAUUCCAGGACGAAUAGACUUCCGGCCAGUCCGUUUUUUGCACCCUUUUUCGUCUGCCGCUACUACACCUAUUUGGGCCAGAAUUUGGCCAGUCCAGUCGUUCAGAGGGUCUGGGAUGUGGAGACUCGAGGCGGAGUCCGGCAUACCAAAGAGGAGACAGUCGAGGAUUGGCGGCGUAUACCGCCUGAAAACGAGAACAUCCAAGCCGGGCCCUUCUACACACCAGCCUGGCUGUUCUCAAGGUCUACAGUACGGCCUACGACGCUGCCGACGGAGGCGGAAGAACCCCGGCCAAAAGCCCCCCUCAGAGGUGCAGGCCAGAUGAAACUGGCGAGAAAGGAAGAUGGCAUUGGAGACGAAUUUAUUCAGAUGCUUCGAGAAAGGCCAGAACAUAACCUCGACUCCCCAGUUGGCUGCCUGGACAGGUACACUUAUGUCCAGAACAUAAAGUUUAUUCUCUUCUUGAGGACAAUCUCAGAGGAGAGCACCCAACGAAGGAUCUAUAGUCUAGCGAGGCAGCCCAUUCUCUUCAGUGAGGAUUUGGAGAGAAUUAUAUAUCAGAAUUUGUGCCCCAAUUGCAGUAAGUCAUAA